AUGGCAUCCACUUUCUUCUACGCAGUGUUUUCAAUCGCAUUCAUACUCAAUGUUUUCGGUCACCCUAUCACAAUCUCGACGAAAAGCGCUCCUCAAACAAGCCGACAAAGCAUGGUUGUGCCAGCUUGGGAACCGCGGGAUCCAGACUAUUUCCAUCUUGUUUCUUUAGCUUCACGCGUCACCUCGGGCAGGGGACGUGAACUGCACUCAGCGGAGAGCUUUGUAGCAGCUCGGAAGCCAUUCAUUUCAUUUGGUGUCGCAGGCCUCCAUCACAUAGAUCCUUUGUCCGGAGAACGCGCAACAUCGCAUGAUGCUCGUGUUCUCAACGAGGGCAAUACAACAAACGAAAUGCUAGCUCGGAGAGCAACCUUUGAAGUAUCAAGAAAAAUCCAUGAUAGAAACUUACGUGACGACGACAGUGAAGACAUCAAGAUUCGCGCAGACAGUGGAAAAGCUAUAACAUUCAAGAAGGUCAAAGACCGCGGGAACGCGACCAGCGGAGACGUUACAAUAAAUGGCGGUGGGCGCGGAAGUACCGCAGUCAGCGGAAACUCUACAACAGACGGAGGGGAAGGCGGAGCCGCGACCAGUGGAAAUGUUAGACUAAAUGGCGGUGGGCGUGGCAGUACCGCAGUCAGCGGAGAUACGACCGGUGGGAAAGGCGGAGCCGCUACCGGUGGAGACCCUCCAGAAACCGGUGACGCUGGUGGAAAUGGGGAUGCUUCAGCUGGGAAUGAAACCACGACUAGUGGAAAUCCUCUAAAAACCGGAGAAGCUGGCGGAAACGCGACCAGCGGAAAUGCCACGGCUGGGUAUGGUGGAGACGCGACUACUGGAAAUGCUUCAGCCGGGCACGGUGGAACCGCUACGAGUGGAAACGCUAAAAUAUUAAGCGGAACUGCUACAAGCGGAAGCGCUACAAGCGGCGGGGUUGGUGGAAAUGCGACUAGUGGAAAUGCUAUCACUGGGAACGGCGGGAACGCGACCAGCGGAGACGCUACAAACAACGGAGAUGGUGGAUCUGCGACUAGUGGAGAUGCUAUAUCAGGCGAUGAAAGCCCAGUAGAUGGAGAACCUACCCCUACAUCCGCCGUACAAAUAGCUUCAUCGACUACAUCGACGAGUACUGACACCACAAGCCAUAGUACAAAGGCACCCGUAAUCAUUGGCAGCACCAUCGGAUCAUUGACCUUCGUGGUAAUACUAGGAUUCCUAGGAUUCUUCUUGCGUCGACGAAAAAGCAGAUAUAGAGAUGACAAUACCUCUAAAGCUGAAAGCCUACCUACGGGCUUCAGACAUUUCUCUGUCGGUACUUUCAUCUCAUCCCCGCCUUCAGUUCAUCCAUAUCCUUUUGCACCAAACAGGAGAUGCAGUAAUUCCCCUCUGCCUUCCGAUGCUGGCCUUCCCCAGGACGUAACAUCAACAUCUUCCAGAGGCUCUUACUUGCGGCGAAGAGAGGAGGAACGAAGUCUGGCGUAUGAAAAUCCAAUGAGAUCGACGGUUGAGCCGGUGGAAACUACAUACGGUCCAUCGCCUCCACCAUCGUAUCAGUCACCACGCUGA